CCCAGGAGCCCACCGUUUUGUGUGAGAGGGAGGGGUGAAGAUGGAGGAGGGGAGGGUAAACAUAGCAGAGCCGAACCACGUCUUUUACUCCUGAAAAAGGAACAAGGGAGGGGAAGACGAGAAAUGAAGGGAAACGCAUGAGGGCAGAGGAAAAACACCCUCAGAAACACUGAGAGAAUGAAAAACAGGAAUCAUACAAGUUGCAGAAGGCUCACCGAGAGAGACCGUGAAGAUUCAAGAGGACAGGAGACCGCUGAAACGCUCAGAACUGAAAACAGGAUUAUCUCACAUCUUAUCUUAGUAGCACAUUCUGCCUACGAUUUUGAACAUCAGAUCUGUGGAAAUACUCGAAUGGGCAUUUAAUCUGGGUUUACAGAAUAGGCGGUGAAGCUGAAGACCUGCCAAACAAGCAGUCUGGCUUACAUGAACUGAGACAUCUGCAUGGGCAGGGAACUGUUCUCCAUCAUCAACACACUACACCGCCAGCUCCGUGGAUGCUGGGUUUUGUUUGCUGCUGGACACUGAUGUGCACACCCUUUGGACUGUGCUGUCUGCUAUGCUAUGCUGAUGACACACUGUUUCCUCAAACCCCACGGGUUGGGCUGGAUCAGCAUGGGAGGUUAGAAAGGCAAAUAGCAUCAUGGGAGCCAAGCAAAUGAAAUGUCUCAGUUCAUCUAGUCCGACACACUCACCCAAGAAGGAGUAUAUCGGAGUUUAUGCCAAACCUGAAGCAUCAGGAGAACUGCUGGGAAACCACACAGAGCAACCACAAAGCUUCUUGGAGGAUGCAGUGAAAUCCUCAGUCACCGAGUGGACUCCUGGCCCGGAGCAUGCUGUGAAGGAGGAGAGCAGCACAUGGGAGGAACAGCUAUGUGCCCAGCAGGAACAGCUGGAGAAGGAAAUGCAGGAGACCAGGAAAAUGGUCACAAGGCUUCAGGCCUUGUUGCUGCAUGGGUCGCUACCUGAGGACCAACAAACAUCUACUUUGAGUUUUGGGGACAGUGGCGCCAACUCGGAGCAGCAGCUGAUUUUGAUUCGCAGUCGGCUGGAUCAGAGUAUGGAAGAGUCUUUAGAUCUGAAGAGAGAACUUUUAAGGUACAAGCAGGAGGCGCGUAAUCUUCAGGCUAUUAAGGAUGCCAUGCAGCAGAGAAUGUCUGCGCAGGAGGACACAGUUCUGCAGCUGAAACAGGAGCUGCUCAGAUCCAGCAUGUCCAGAGAGGAACUGGAGGGACAGAACGAGGACUUAGAAAGGAAGUUGUCUGAUCGAAACAGAUUGCUGAGUGAAUACAAAAAGGAACUCAGUCAGAAAGACAGACUUCUGCAACAGCAGCAAAUAAAACUGGAUGAUGCUCUGUGCAGGAUCAGUGAAAACAGCUAUAACAGGUUGUCAGCUUGUGAGAAUAACGGCUACAGCCAUUUAAUGGAUACAUCUUCUGCAUCUUUCCAGCACAGAAUGGCGGAUGAGCUGCAGUUAGUGAGAGAUGCUCUGCGCAGUCUAAGGGAUAAUUUUAGUGGUCAUGACCCACAGCAUCACACUCUGGACACAUUGGAGCAGGGCGUGGCCAGUCUUGUGGACCGUCUCCACACCAUAGAGUCCAAGAAAAGACAGGAGAGAAAGUGUUCAACAAGGUCACCUGGACGAAAAGCCAACUACACAGACCGAGAAUCAUGGCCGUCAAGCUCUAAGAUGGCCCAUUCCCAAAGUAGCCCUGUUAUCAGUGCAGCAGCAUCGACCAAAGUGCUCUACUACACCGAUCGGUCUCUCACACCCUUCCUAGUCAACAUCCCUAAGAGGUUAGGAGAGGUCACGCUACAGGACUUUAAGCAGGCUGUGGACAGACAUGGCAAUUUCAGAUAUCACUUUAAAUCUCUGGAUCCAGAGUUUGGAACCGUCAAAGAGGAGGUGUUUCUAGAUGAUGCAGUUGUACCGGGCUGGGAAGGAAAGAUUGUUGCAUGGGUGGAGGAGGAUCAUGGAGAGAGCAGAUAGACAAAAUGUAGUGUUUGGCCUCACAUAUACCUCAUCCCUACAACAAGCCUUUGCUCUGUCCUAACUGUGAAACUCACUUUAUCAGUUCACUACAUCAUUACAGUAGGCACGUGUUUGUAUUAUAGAGUAUGUGUAUACAUUUUGAAGAAUGAAAGAGAUUAUUAAAAAAAACUGUGUACAGCAAAGUAUUGAUACAAAUUAUUUCUAAGUGUAUUGUUUACGUUAAAAGAAUUCCAUUGUGGCAUUAAAAACAGUAACAAAUGACACACACAUUAUCGUCACACAUGUUGUGCAUGUACAGUCCUGUUUAAAUGAUCUUUUAAGAGAAUGUAAUGAUUAUCUUUUGAAAAUAAUGAGUAGUAAAAGCAGGGACCACUUUAUUUGUACAGAUUUGUAAAAUAUCAAUCUCAAAAUAUUCCUUUUUAAAAAUGAAUGAUUGUACUUUCCUAUUAAGUCUGCAUGUGAGUUCAUAGUGUUUGGCGUGUUGUAAACACAUGCAGCUGACCCGUCCACCUUUUAUUAAACACAUUCUGUGUACAAG